AUGGAUAACCGUGGCAAGACUAUCUUUUCCUUUAUGUUUGAUGAUGAUUUAGAUGAUGAAGAACAUCAUCAGAGAGUGAUUGAAGUCAUUGUCCACCAUACUUCACAAGAGAAUGAAGCCAACAAACAUGGUGGGUCGGUAGUCGGUCGUGUGUACAAGAACCGUGAGAGGGAAGAUCGUCAUCGCAAUUUCAUGUCCGACUACUUCGUUGAAAGGCCACAUUUUAAUGCUACCGACUUUCACGGGCUCGGCCGACAAGGGCUAUUCCCUGAGCAAAAGUUAACCGCUGUCUUUUGUAUGCUCACAUGGGGAUGCUCAGCUGACGCAACCGACGAGUACUGUAUAUUUAGUGAAAGCAUAGCUCUUGAGUCACUCCGAAAGUUUUGUUGCGCUGUUGAAGCCGUGUAUGGUCAAUGGUACCUCAGGUCUCCAAAUCCAGCUGACCUUUACAAGCUAUUGCACAAGGCAAGCAGUCGAGGCUUCCCAUGCAUGUUAGGAAGUCUUGACUGCAUGCACUGGGAAUGGAAUAAUUGCCCAUCUUCUUGUGCAAACCAGUUUACCGGUCACAAAAAAAAACCCACUGUUGUGCUAGAGGCUGUGGCCUUGUACGACACAUGGAUAUGGCAUGCCUUUUUUGGAGCCACUGGAUCCAACAAUGAUAUCAACAUUUUAGCUCGUUCUCCAUUGUUCAAUGAUGUGGUAUAUGGAGUGGCUCAUCAUGUUGAAUAUAUUAUCAAUGGAAAUCAAUAUCAUUUGGGCUACUAUUUGGCAGAUGGGAUCUACCCUCGUUGGGCUACUUUGGUGAAGACCAUAUCUUCUCCUGAUAACCCAAAGAAUAGGCUUUUUGCACAAAUGCAAGAAGCGUACAGGAAGGAUGUUGAAAGAGCAUUUGGAAUACUACAGGCUCGAUAG